AUGGCUGAAAUGUACCGUGAAGUUCCCCUGUUUCAGCAUGGCAUUGCUGGUGGGAAAAAAGCGAAAACGAUCAACAUUUCAUCAGCAGGUGGUUAUCAUGCUAUAUUGGUGGAUUCAAAAACAUCGGAAAUAGCUGGCGGAUUCAACAUAGACCACUGUAUCAAGAAUGUUCUUGCUCUAAAGCGCUUCAUUUACUGGCGAACGUACAGAGAAACAAUAUUUUUAACCGAAACCUGUUCGGAUAGAAACCACGCUGUCUAUGAACUAAAGUUAACUUUCGAAGGAAGUCCGAUACUUGCGGUGGAAUGUUACAAAUCACCGAACUCGGCAUUGCUCUUGAUAUUCGUUACCACGACGUCCAUCCAUCGGGUAUCAUUUGAGAUGCCUUCGUCUAAGGACCAUCAGUUGUACUCUGAGCAGGACUCGAUCCUUCUUCAGGUAAACGAAAGCAUGAUAACGGACCCUCUUAAUUGUUACACGUUUAUAAACGACAUAGGGCAAGCCGUUCCAGUGGCCGCAACCGUUGCUAGUUCCAGCGAUAACUUAGAAAGUAAAAUUGCCAUUGCAUGCACCAACUCUCUUUUCCUGUUGGCACUGCGGAUGGAAAGGGAAAGAAUGAAGGUGCAAUGCUCCGAACUGGACCACAAUCCAUUAACUUUUACGAAAUUGAUCCACUCGAUAACGGAUUCUUGGCGAAAAAAAGCAUUCUCUAGCCAGGUAGUGGCAAUGUCGUUCGACACGCGCUUGCUAACAGAGAAUCAAUCGUUUCUCUAUACACUGCAUCGUAACGGAGCGUUGCGUGUUUGGAUGCUGGAUGGUCGAUGUCUAGCAUCGGAAUAUCUUUCCAAAUACACCCAGGGCAGCGAAACUGAUUUUCAUACUUGCAUCUUACGGAGCUCCCGUUCGUUGGUGGCACUUUAUUUCUCUUUUCAAACAUUCUCCGAGUUUGUACUAAUACGACCGGAAGUGUCGAUGGACACGACUAGUGGAACUGUCUCAACUGUAAAUCUGAAAAAAAUGUGCACCGUUCUGGCACCAAAUUAUGAUCUGAUCGAUUACAAGCUCUGCGACGAACGCUUGUGGACAUUAUGGUGCAAUGCAGAGGGCGAAACACAGGCAUUGGUUUACGAGCUAAGUCCAAAAGAUUCGGAUAAUAUGCUGCAGAAUUUGUGGUCGCCAAUCAUACUGGAAAACAUUUGUGAUAAAGAAAAUUCGGCCCUGGAAGUUGGUGUCGAUCUGAAAGAUGUUUAUUGUAAUCGCAUUUUUCAGUCUGGAUGUUUUCCUGACAAAGUUAUACGAAAAUCGCUUACGAUGUUUAAUCGUAAUGCUGCUAGCAUGACAACGAGCACCAGUGCCAUCAAUUACAAUAUGCUACGCUUGAAAAGAUAUGCACUGACUUGCAUUGAAAGUCAAUUACAGCAAGAGUGCACCACAAUGAGACAGAACGGUCCAAUGGACAAUGACCAAAUACAGGAAAUUUCGAAUGGACUGUGGGAAAAGUUUUAUCUCUACUGCGUCCAGUACCGUUACGAAUCUUCACGCCCUAUUGGAUUGUUUAUCUGCGAAGAAAUUUCCAGCAACCACCAAACGUCCCAUCAUACCGUUGGCGUUGUAAAGAAGAAAAAUAUUAGCUUCUUUCGUGUUUGUGACGAUUUAGAAGUCGCAUUCUACUCUCCGAACUGCUACGACCAGUAUACACCCAACGUAGUGAUGCUCAAGGACGGUGUAUCCAGAGAGAUCCAGGAAAUGAUGGUGCUAGUUACGUUUUUGGGCGAAAUUGAACAAACGCUUACGGCGGAGCAAAGGCACAAGCUGGACAGUUUUCUACAUCAACGGCGGGAAAGUGAAUCGAGCGAUGUUUAUUUAACGUUUAUUGGAGCUACACAAAGUCAGCUGCUUGUUCAUAACUUAUUGCCGGCAUUUUUGCAACGUGUUUCCGAUCUACCUAAAGCGAUCCAGGCAUUGCUGCACUACGUUACGCCUUUACAUAGGGAAGCAUGCCUGCCGUCAGAAUGGGAAGAUGCGUAUGAACCGGCUGUUUACAGCAAUUUCGAACUAACGAGCGAAGUGACACUGACAACAGCAAAGCAAUUGAUACAAUUGCGAUACUUGCUGCUACGCAAUCUUUUGCUGCUGCAACAUAUGAUUGAAAGUCACUGCAAUUUUCACUACAAUAUCAUCGAUGCGAUCCAGUCUACUAUUCGUCCGGAUACUGAAAAUUUACUGCGCUGUUAUCACGUUAUGAACUGGAUUGCCCAAACGCGUUUAGAUAUUGAUUGGACAAAAUGCAACAAAAUAGCCGGUAUGCUUCCACUGAAUAUUCGUGCAUCAUUAACAUUGCUACAGGCUUACGGUAUUUCCAAAAUCAAUGAAGAAAUUGCGUUAAGGCUUAACGCAGCAUCAUCAUCGAAAAUGACGGAAAUCGUUGGAGCUUUGUCCCUUACUCAAAAGGCUAACACGAUCAUUUCUUUCAUAUGUCCCUCGAGCGACGAUUUCCUGUUCGGUGAAUGGCUCUCGCAGAACGAUUUGCAUGUGCAUAUUGAUGAGUAUGUUCGUUUGUUAAGCAAUUGGUGUGAGUGGAACAGCUGCUCAAGAAACUUCAUCAAGGCUAAAUCAUGCCUCGCGCUGGGAGAGACCUUCAAAGCGCUGGACCUUUUCCCGCUCUCCUUAAAAGGGAUUCAGACCGAGCGUUUAUUGAAAAAGUUUCUGUGCCAAGAUGAAAACAAGCUCGGAACAUCGCAAUUCGCAACACUUACAGCGUUUUACCUGAAGCUCAUACGGCUAUUUCAAGCAGACGGAGCAUACGAUGGUGUUUUGAAGUUGGUACAUUCGGGAAUUGAUAACACAGUUGAUCCAAUGCAAAAGACUAUGUUCCAGAGUAUAGAAUUCAACUGCCACAUUGAGCUGGGCCAUUACGAAGAAGCGUACAAUGCGCUUAUAAAAAAUCACGAACCUGCACGCAAAAAGGAUUGCUUGAGGCAAUUGAUAUGUUUGCUUUUUUCUGUGCACCGUUUGGACAUUCUGCUAGAUUUACCAUACUAUGGGUUGGAGGAAGAGUUUACAAAUAUUGUCGGCAUGAGUGCACGAUCAGCGGAUAUUGCCGAUUGCUUGCAAUACAACUUUUUGUACUCUUUUCACGUCAACAAAAUGAACCUGCGUAAAGCUGCCAUAAUAGCUUACGAAGAAGGAAUGCGCAAUUUCUUGGAGUGCAACAGUCUUAAUCAUCUGAACAGGUACUAUUGUUGCCUGAUGAAAUGUUUGAAUUCGCUUUCGGUCAUAAAAGAAUCGUAUUCGUGGAUUGUUCAUCCGAUCAUCGAGCAAGGCGAGAUACCCUUCAUCACAAAAGAUGAUGCAAUUGAUAUAGUUGAUAAAAAAAGACUCCAAGAACAAUUGAUAACAACACACUGCGCACUCCAACUUUCCAUGCACAACGAUGGCUUCAAACUGGUUACUUCGCUUGAUGCGAUGAAUCUGAUUUCCUUAAUGCUUAAACGCAAGUUGUAUCGCUCAGCAUUAAAAUUGGCGCGUUGCCGCAUGCCAUCCAUGGUGCCCACGAUUUAUGAGCAUUUAACCAGCUCCUGCAUUACAGCAUCUUCGGCUCCCAAAGCGCUUGGCACGACCCCCGAUAGCGUUGCAGACAGCAGUGGAUUGCCUUGGUUGAAUGAUAAUUGUAUUUCAGAUUUAGUAGUCGUACCCGACAGCACUGCAACAGCGUGGAACUAUUUACGCUACACGAUAGAACAGGAAAACGAGGACCUUGUGAUUGACGCUUAUUUGGCAGUGUUUAAUCGCAUCCUGUCCCGCAGCGCGUAUAUUCCGACAUGGUUGAAGAAAUGGUGCUUCGAAAAUAUUCCCAUUCAAUUUAUCCGUGUAUAUCUACGCCACGGCCGUCUGGAAGAAGCGUGCGAGUAUACAAUCGAAUUAUUCCGGGCUAGAUUUUUCAGCGCCGGAAGAUUCAAUCACCAGACCAUAUUUCCCUUGUCGCUAUGUGAGUAUCUCGUGUACGAACUCGAAACUUCAGCGACACAUAUUAAGGAAAAGCAAACCAUUGAACAUUACUUGCGGAUCAUUGAAGUGGCUCUUUAAAAUAUUUCAAAUUU